GAUUGAUCCCUAUCAUAUUUAAUAAUCAAUCAAAAUUAAAGAAGUAAUGUCAUCCAGAUUAUUUUCCUCUGCUGUUUUGCGCCAAUGCGCCAAGACCAUGGUUGCUAGACCAUCUUUCACUCUCAGAGCUAUUGCUCCAGUUAUGUCUUCCCCAUCUAGAGUUAUGGGUGCUAGAUUCAUGUCUACUGAACCAAUUGCUGCUGAAUUACGUAAGGUUUUAAACACUGAAUUACACGAUGCUGCUGAAAUUGGUAACGAAUUAGACCCUGAAUACAAGGCCUACAUCAAGGAUAGUGGUUUCAAAUUAAACCAAGUUGAAGGUGGUGUCACCGUUCAAUUGACCAAGUCUACCGGUCCUAACGAAGUUGUUCACGUCUUUUUCGACGCUGACGAUGUUACCAACGUUCCAGCUGAAGCUGCCGAAGAGGGUUUGAAUGAAGAAUCUGCUUAUGAAGAUGAAAUGGAAGCCAUUGAUGAAAUGAUGUGUGCUGCUAGAGUUGUCAUUGAAAACACUGAAAACAACACUGCCUUGUUUGUAAACUUAUUUUUGGAACCAGAAGCUGGUUUGGUUGUUGAUCACUUCAACACUCAACCAAAUGCUACUGAAUUCCUUAAGAAUGCUGCUGAAGGUAAGUUCACUGAUGUAGUCUCUUACAGUGGUCCUUCUUUCUCCAUGUUGGAUGAAAGUUUACAAAUCACUUUUGAAGAAUACUUGAAUUCUAAGGGUAUCAACAAGGACUUGUCUGAAUUCAUUACUGCCUACAGUGAAUUUAAGGAAGAACAAGAAUACCGUAAGUGGUUGAAGGAUGUCAGCACCUUCUUUGCUUAAUUUUAAUUGAUUUUUUGCAAUUAAAAAUGAAUGAAUGAAUGAUUUGGAGUUAGUGCUUAUUACGAAAUAUUGCUAGUUCUACAACAAAAGAAAGUCAAUUGAUACUCAAGUAUAUAUAAAAUUGAAUAAUCCUUUUUUUUUUCUUGGAAGGACCUCUUUUAUACAUAUACUUUUUGUUGUCAAUCCUUAUCUCUCUCCUACAUGUAAUAUGUAUCUAUCUCCAUAUAUAUUUCUCCUUGUCUAUAGUCUUAUUGAAUAUCCUGUAUAUAACCCGUAAACUAUUGUAGAUAUUU